GUUGCUGCCAAGAGGAUUCAGACCGAAGAUCUUCCGACCCCAGCAGGAAUGCCUUUCAAAGAUGAGGUCAUUGAGCUGACCGAGGAUGGUCGACGCUGCCGCCAAACGUUGCGCGCGCACAAGAAGCCACAGAGCUGCCUUUUCGACCUCAAAAAGUUGGAGGAUGGG